AUGGCACUUCGAAGCCGAGGAUCAUCAUACGAGGUAUGAAUUUUAUAUCAAUUGAAAAUAAAAUAUUUGUUGCAUUCCAGUGGCGAUGCCGUGUAUCAAAAUCGAUAGAUUGCUCCAGCAAAACCAUCAAAGCAGGAAGUUUCUUCCAACAUACUAAGCUCACUUUGACUCAAGCUCUCAAAGUGUUGAUCAUGUGGAUCCAAAAGUACAGCUCGGGACAAAUUAGUGCUGAAGUUGGAAUUUCCAAACAAACCGUAUGCGAUUGGAGAAAUUUUCUAAGAGAGCUCUGUGUGCAAAUCGAAAAGAAAUAUUUGCUAUUUGUUUAAUUGGAUAAUUCUGCUAAAAAGGCUUAGAAAAUUAAAAACCCUGGGACUAAUAUUGAAUGGUGGGGGACCUCUUUUUUAAGAAUACCAGGUUCUUAAAAAACAGUCCCCCACUUUGUACUGGUGGGGGGUGAUUUUUGAACAGAGACGUUCAAUUAAAGCCCCCCGGCGUCAGGUAGAAGCCCCCACCUAUUUAGUGCUGGGUGGGGGGCUCUUCUAAGGUUGUUUACAACGUGGGGGGCUCUGUUGAGGUGGGGGGUUUCUUGAAUUAUCCCAAAUAAUCAACUGGAAAGUUGUUGCAAAUUUUGUGUUGAACAACUUUGUAGUUGAUCAUUUUAUACCGAAACACUUCAUUCUCAUUUUAUACUUCUGUUUUUAACCGCCAUUCACAAAAAAUACAAAUGUACGGCCAAAAUGUUGGUUUUCAGAGGGUUUUUUUUGAGCACGCUUUCCGUGACAUUUUCACGUAUGAAGUCACCCAGUCGUGGAAUUUCUCGUGGUUCUCUCCAUUGCUUGUGAUGUCCUUCGACAUAAAAACCGUCCUCUCCCUUCUUCUACUGCAAUUCAAGGAUACCGCCGCAACAUACCGCCGCAUAAAACAAGCUUGA